CAAAGCUAUCUACCAAGCGGCUUAACACUCUCCGAGGAGUUGUGACUCUAUGGAGCACCGAGACUGGGUCUCUAAAGACGACAGCUUCAAAAUUCCCCUAUCCCAGGAGAGGAAAAAGCAGGAAAAGGGAGAAGAUUAGGCACUUCCAUGUAGGCAUUUCUUUAGCCACCUAAUGAACUGGCGAGUCCAAUCCCGAGACGUCAUCAUUGGGCCAUCUUCUGAAGUCACCUCUCCCUGCCGCUUUUCUCUCCCGUUACUAAACUCCCCGCAACUUGCUCUUUAUAGUCCCGAGGAGACCGAUUGGGUGCCUUUGAUGCUUUCCCAGUAGUCGAACAUUUCAUAUCUCUCUAAACUGAAGGAUUACAGCCCGCAAUAAAGAAGACUACAAGUCCCAACAUGCAGUGCAAGUUAAUUGUCAGCGGCAUGGUGUGCGUGGAUUCAAAACAGGAACCGAAAACUAGAGGAGGGAGGUAGUGGUACGGUGGCUGUGAAGGGAAGAGUAGGUGUGGUGGUGUAUGGUGGCCGAGUAGGAUAGCAGAGGCAGGAUGGAGUCGGUGGUGUUCAUUUUUUCGCUCAUAGACUGCUGUGCUCUGAUUUUCCUUUCCGUUUAUUUCAUAAUUACAUUAUCAGAUUUGGAAUGUGACUACAUUAAUGCUAGAUCUUGCUGCUCAAAAUUAAAUAAAUGGGUGAUCCCUGAAUUGAUUGGCCAUACCAUUGUCACUGUAUUAAUGCUUAUUUCACUGCACUGGUUCAUCUUCCUUCUCAAUUUACCUGUAGCAACCUGGAAUAUAUAUAGGUACAUUAUGGUUCCUAGUGGAAACAUGGGGGUAUUUGACCCCACAGAGAUUCAUAAUCGAGGACAACUGAAAUCUCAUAUGAAGGAGGCUAUGAUUAAGCUUGGCUUUCAUCUCCUUUGCUUCUUCAUGUACCUUUACAGUAUGAUCCUGGCUUUGAUAAAUGAUUGAAGUCAAAAUGGAGGGAUCAUGGUUGCUGAAUUGUUAAUUCUCACUCCAUUGAAAUAUUGUGGAAUCAGGUGCAGCUUUCAAGUAAACCUCGACCAGUGUCAUCAUGCAGUAUAUUUUUUCCUCUUUGAACAAAAAUAUUUUUGCUGUAUUUUUUAACAUAUUAAAAUAUUUAAAAAACCA